AGGUCAGCGAGCGCCUAGCUAUAGCUAGACAAUUAGCAGCUCUUUGCCACCACCAUGUUCUUCGACGGGCUCUCGCACCACCACGGUGCCCCCGAAGCUUCUCCAUACGACGACGGGCACCACAGCGUGGUGGUGUUCCUGACCUUCGCCAUAUUCUUCUCCUUCGUCGUCAUCUACCUCACAGUCGGCCUCAUCUGGGCCUUGGCGGUCACCGCUUUGGCCGUGGCUCUCUCGUUCGGUUACCUCUCCGCCCGCCGCCGCCGCCGUGCAGACCUGAGGCGUGCCACGGCUGUCAUCGGCGUUCGUCUCGCUAGCCGGAGCAGCCAUGGUGGCUUGGGUCAUUUGGACCCAGCCGUGUCAAGGCUUCUUCCGGCGUUCGCGUACAAGAGGGAGGGUGGUGGUGGCGACGCCGGGGCUGGGUCAGGGUGGGCGCAGUGUGUGAUAUGCCUGGGCCUCGUGCAGGUCGGCGAGCUGGUCCGGCGGCUGCCGGCGUGCAACCAUAUAUUUCACGCGGAUUGCAUUGACAUGUGGCUCCGCUCCCACUCGACGUGCCCCAUUUGCCGCGCUGUCGUCGCGGAGCUCACCGUCGGCGUGCCAUCUGAAACCGAGCCCGUUUGAUUGGCUGUGUUUGUUUCAGAUUGCACUGGUGGUGCUAUAUGUUUAUCAGAUAUGCAAAUUCUCCGUCUACCUAAAAUUAGUUUCUAGUCGACUUCUAAAGAUUGUGAUUCAUGCUAACCAUGAAUUGCACCUGAGAUUUUCUCACUUGAACAUAGGGUUGUAACCGAGAAAGAUGGCUCCAGACCGUUGGAUUGCUUCGUGAUUUGUGCUAAUAAUGAGAUGCUACUGAGAUUCAUGUUGCAGGUAGGAUUUGAUAAUGUCGCCUGACUCGGAAUCAUCAGAUUGCUUCAUAAUUUCUGCUAGUUAUGAGUUGCAACAUAGGUUGCAACUAAAUUUCGAUAACUUCACCUACUAAAGAAUUAAGUUAAUACUCGG